CUUAGGUGCCCCGGAUCCAAAGCGAAUCUACCGACUUGCAAUUGCGUGUCGCUUACGGUUUUGGGUUUUCCCAGACGUCAAUGCUGACCAGCUCUGGACUCCUCAAAACUUGUAUAUAAUACCCUCAUCUUCCUCCCUUCUCCCACUCAUUCAUCGAUCCUUGUUCAAAUCCUCUCUCAAAUUCGUCAAUCAAAAGCCUUCACUGCUAUUCUGUUUCUUCUCUCACAAGAUGCAGAUCUUCGUGAAAACCCUAACUGGAAAGACCAUAACCCUUGAAGUUGAAAGCUCUGAUACUAUUGACAAUGUCAAGGCCAAGAUCCAAGACAAGGAGGGCAUCCCUCCGGACCAGCAAAGGCUGAUCUUUGCCGGAAAACAACUCGAGGAUGGUCGUACCUUGGCUGACUACAACAUUCAGAAGGAAUCCACCCUUCAUUUGGUUCUGCGUUUGAGGGGAGGGAUGCAAAUUUUCGUUAAGACUCUCACUGGGAAGACAAUUACCCUUGAGGUCGAAAGCUCUGACACCAUUGACAAUGUCAAGGCCAAGAUCCAAGACAAGGAGGGCAUCCCUCCGGACCAGCAAAGGCUGAUCUUUGCCGGAAAACAACUCGAGGAUGGUCGUACCUUGGCUGACUACAACAUUCAGAAGGAAUCCACCCUUCAUCUGGUGCUCAGGCUUCGUGGGGGAAUGCAGAUAUUUGUAAAGACAUUGACAGGAAAGACCAUCACUUUGGAGGUGGAGAGUUCUGAUACAAUUGACAAUGUGAAGGCCAAAAUUCAAGACAAGGAAGGAAUCCCACCGGAUCAGCAGAGGUUGAUUUUUGCUGGUAAGCAGCUUGAAGAUGGCCGUACUCUUGCGGAUUACAACAUUCAGAAGGAGUCAACUCUUCACCUGGUGCUGAGGUUGAGAGGUGGAAUGCAGAUAUUUGUAAAGACUUUGACUGGAAAGACCAUCACUUUGGAGGUGGAGAGCUCAGAUACCAUUGACAAUGUGAAAGCUAAAAUACAGGAUAAGGAAGGUAUCCCACCUGACCAGCAGAGGUUGAUCUUUGCUGGUAAGCAAUUGGAGGAUGGAAGGACUUUGGCUGAUUAUAACAUCCAGAAAGAGUCCACACUCCACCUUGUCCUGCGUCUUCGUGGUGGCUUCUGAAUGUUGAAGGCUGUCUUGCUAUUGGAAGUUACAUAAUCCUGUUAAUAAUUUGCUUUGCUUGUGUCUCUUUGCUGCCCAAGUCAUGGUGACUGGCUUUUUAAAGCCUUUGUAAUUUUCGUUGUGGGAUUGGAUGGUGGUGUUAUAUUGUUUGCUGUGAUGGGAUUUUAUAGUGGUGUUAUCUGUUGCCAAAUAAAAUCGAGGACUUCUAAAAGCUUUUGUUAAA